AUGGACCAGCAGCUGCCCACGUUCGAGUUUAUACUAGAGGCUUUUGUCGAUCCGUCCUCUGUUCGCGACGUUGUUCGCGGCAUUCUGCACACCAUCUUCUUCCACCGCUUCUUUCCGUCCGUCUUGCCGCGCACGCGCGACGUUCUCGACCUCACCCUGCCCUACAUUGAAAAUGCCGAACUCGAGACGCUCAUCGAUCAGCGCACCGCCAUGCUGGUCCGCCAGCUGGAGGCCGAGCGAGGCGCUGGACAGGGUGCCGCUUGGGGAGCCGGUGGUGGCGGUCUAGGAUACGGCGGGUCUGGCGGCGGCGGCAGCAAUCAUCGCGGCGGCCGUGGCCAGAUAUCCGUACAGUUCUUCGAGAAGCGCCGCCGGAAGGCUUGGUAUGUCAUGCGCGGCGGCGAGGAGGAGGUCUGCUGGGAGAGCUGGACCGUCAAGGUCACCGUGGCCGAGCCGCGAACAGAAAGCGAGCGAGCAAAAGUUCGCCAGGCCAUGGAGUCCACCCUGCUAGCAGCCGUCAUGAAGAUCGUCACGUCUGUUAACGCCCAUAAGGACCACAUACCACCCAUCACCACCGCCGAUUCGAACCCUUUUCCCUACCAGAUCAACGUCAACCAGAAGGAGGCCGGAUGGGCCACACGCAUGGGCAUCUACUAG